AUGCUUCAUUUUGUCCGGACAAAGAACCUCCCAUUUUCUACGGAGGAUGUGAAAAAGGUCUGUCCAACUUGUGUAUGUGCUAAAAUCAAGCCAACAUUUCACAGGCCUACUGAAAAUACACUUAUCAAAGCUACUCAACCAAUGGAUAAACUGAGUAUUGACUUCAAAGGUCCUCUUCCAUCACUCACAAGAAACUCCUAUCUCUUCCCUGCUGUGGAAGAAUAUUCCAGAUUUCCCUUUGCUAUUCCAUGUGCUGACAUGACAUCCUCAACUGUCAUCAGAUGUCUGGAUACCAUACUCUCGCUUUGUGGUAUGGCGAGUUUUGUCCACUCUGAUCGAGGAAGUGCAUCUAUGUCUCAUGAAGUGAAAACUCAUCUCGCUAGUCAUGGAGUGGCGUUCACCAAAACUAUACCUUACCACCCAACAGAAAGCAGUCAAAUAGAAGGGUACAAUGGCAUAAUCUGA